UCAGGCACCGGAUCUGCGGCCUCCGUGGUGGCCGAUGUGGCCCACGCCAUCGAGAAGCAGGGUCUGGCCAAGAUCACCCAUCUGGAGACCUCCUUCCCAGAGGUCGCCAACCGUGGAGUUCCCCGACUGGCAGCCACUCUGACAGCCCCCUGGCCCCACCCGGAUCCCAGCAGCUACAGUAACUUCGACGAGGUGGUGGUAGAGAGCUACGACUUAGAUCAAGAGAUCGACUUUGACAAGGGGGUGCUUACCGGGUCCAUCGUGCUGCACCUUUCCGGCGUCAAGGCAUCGAGCACGUCGGUGGUGCUCGACACCCGCGGCCUCGACGUCACGGGCGCCUUCUGCGGCAGCGAGGCGCUCCAGUUCGCGGUGGGAAGCCGCGGUCGCAAGUCCGAGGCUCUUGGCGAAGCGCUAGAGAUCCAGCUUCCGAAGCCCCUGGCCGCCAAGGAGAAGACCUCGGUUCGCGUGGACUAUUCCACUGCCCCAGAUGCGGUGGCCGUGCAGAUCCUUGCCCCGGAGCAGACCUUGGGGAAGCAGCACCCCUAUCUCUUCACGCAGUGCCAGGCGAUCCACGCGCGAUGUCUGAUGCCGUGCCAGGACACACCUGGCGUGAAGAGCGCCUACAAGGCCAAGAUCACGGCACCCUGUCCGCUCACUGUGCUGAUGUCGGCCGUUGCGGAUGGCGAGCCGGAGAGUGUGGAUGGUGGGAAAAGGCGGUUCUCCUUUACGCAGAAAGUGCCCAUUCCCUCCUACCUUCUGGCCAUCGCCUGCGGAAACCUGGUUAGCGAGAAGAUCGGGGCGCGAAGUCACGUCUGGAGCGAGCCGGAAGCCAUUAAGGCGUGUGCUUUUGAGUUCUCCGACACAGACAAGUUCAUGAGCAUCGGUGAGAAGCUUUUCGGGGAGUACGUCUGGGGAGUCUAUGAUCUGCUCGUCCUUCCCCCGUCCUUCCCCUAUGGUGGCAUGGAGAAUCCAUGCCUCACCUUCGUGACGCCGACUCUGCUGGCAGGGGACAAAUCACUCGCGGAUGUGGUGGCCCACGAGAUCACACACAGCUGGUUUGGGAACCUCUGCACGAACCGAAGCUGGGAGUGCUUCUGGCUCAAUGAGGGCUUCACAAAGUUUGGAGAGUGCCGAAUUAUGCAGAACAUGAACGGCAAGGACUACGAGCAGCUCCUGCUACGGAAUCUGUGUAUCAAACUGAAAGAGGAUGUGUCUCACUUUGGCAACGGCCACGAGUUCACCAAACUGUGUCCACGUCUUCCCGGCGUGGACCCGGACGAUGCGUUUAGCGGCAUCCCCUAUGUGAAGGGUCAGAUGAUGCUGCUGCACCUGGAAAGCCUCGUGGGGCAGAACCGCUUCGAAUCCUACCUCCGAGCUCAUGUCAAGCGGUUCACGGGCGGAUGCCUCGACGAGAAGGACUUCAAGAACUUCUUCUUGGAGCACUUUGCCGGCGAGCCUGCCGUCAAGGACGUGGACUGGAACACCUGGUUCUAUGGCUGUGGCCUACCUCCCAUGCCGGAGGUGGAUUCGCGCAUGGCCAAGGAGGUGGACCUCCUUUGUGCCUCCUUGCUGGGCGGCUACGAUGGGGCUGCAGAGGAUAUCAAAGGCUGGUUUCCAGCUCAAACUGAGCUGCUGCUCGAUCGCCUGAUCGACCAUGCGCGGGGGCAGGCAUCCAAGGAAGAGCUGGAGGAGGUGAGAGGUCGCCUCGACCCGUGGAACGAGGCGUAUAAGUUCGACCAGACGAAGAACUCGGAGCUCCGCUUCCGGUGGUUGAUGCUCGCCCUGGUCUGCGGUGAUGAUUCGCGGGUCGACGCUCGCGGGAGAGGUAUGAGCUGGGUCCUUGGGUAUGGACUGGUGGCCAUUUCGGUGAAGUCUGCCUGGGAUGAGGGCAAGGUAACGGUUUUCCGUCCGGUGGGCCGCAUGAAGUUCACGCGGCCGCUGUACCGGGAGCUGCGGGGCGCCGGGAAAAGGCCAAAGAAGCAUUUGCUGCAGCCAGGGCCACCUACCAUCCGCCGCUCUGCUGCGCAGAUCGAGGCUUGA